AUGUCAUCCAACACCGGAAGAACCAUCUCCAGAGAGAGAUUGUCACUACUUAUGGCCUUCGUGGAAAUGGGACGGACAUAUUUCUUUACUUCCUCUGCAGAAACUAAUUUGAAGACACCCAACGAAUUUGAGGAAGAGCAACAAACAGUGGUGGCAGGGAUGCCACCACGAAGAAAAAUACCAACGCCACCUACACCCCGUUCCGUGCGGUCAUUACAAAAUAAGCGAUAUCCAGGGAGAGAACAACUAGUUGAUGGAAUGGAAGUGAUUGCAAAACUAUGGUUCAUUCUCCGCAAGUACAUCCUGACGUUGGCGCGGUUCGACCUGUUCCUCCAAGGAGCACUUCUGAUCGUAGUCUUUCUGGAGAGCAAUGUCUACUUGCUGCUCAGACGAAACGCUGGCACUGGAUACCUGGCUUCGAUAAAUGAAGAUUGGGUUAAAUUAGGUGUUGGGGGUGCUGAAUUUUUGUUAGGUGGACUGGUGGCGUGGUGCGGACGAGGCUGGAGGCAUUUCGCAUUGUCUGGUUGGCUGGGAAUCACCGCUGUAUCCGGCCUGAUAGUUUUAGCUUUCCCGUUCCCUACCUCCGGGCGGCCAUCGGUGGAACUCUGUGGAGGAGGUCCAAUCACGGAGUACUCAGAACAACUCAACGUCCAGACUGCAGAAGACGAUCUACUUGUACCCAGGACCGUGUUCCUCGUACUGACAGCUAUCCUCUGUGGGCUGACCAAGAUCAGCGUGUGGGCGCACGGAAUUACAUACUUGGAUGACCACGAACCGCAAAGUGGGCCGUACUUUUACGGUAUACUAAUAUCAAUUCGCCUUUCCGUGGGCCUGAGUGCUACGAACUGGUUGAGGUCUGGAUCCGUGAGGGACGACUGGUAUGAGGCCCACGUGUCUCUAUCGAUGCUGACCCUCAUGUUCAGCAUACUUUUCUCUCUGUUCCCAAGGAGAAUGGAAGGGUAUAAGGAGUUUGAACCAAUUGAAUACAAUUGUAAGUUUUGUAUACUUACUCCAAUUGGUCGCAUGCUCAAAAAUAAGGCGCUAAUGCUGCAGACAUUUGCGCUGUCACUGAUCAACACAGCUGCCUUCGGCUAUGUCAACUAUGACACGGCGUCCAUUCAGGCUAAAUUUCAAGUGGAAACCAUACGUCAAGACAUGCGCACCUCACGGACUAUUCUAGAGAUCUUCAGAUCUCUCGUCGUUAUCUUCUUCGUAUCGAUUUUCCGUAUGAGAUUUUCCGGUCGGCGCAGUGACGGAGUUAAGUCACACACGGCUUCGAAAGUCGGUGGCCUCGUGUGCGUUUUGGUUGCGGCGUUCUUCGCGGUACUGACUGGUCUCAGUUGUAGGAGGGGCGAGCUGGCUGGAUUGAACGGGGAGUACCAACAACCGGGCUGCAGUAGUGGAUGCGGGUGUGCUUCAGAGACUUACGGAUUCAGUCCUGUAUGUAUAUUGAACACGUCCACGACUUAUUUCUCGCCGUGUCACGCGGGAUGCAGGCAAUACGAAGACUUGAAUGGAUUUUUAAUAUUUGACAAUUGCGAUUGCGGUCCACAUCGGGCUAUUCGUGGCAGCUGCACCUUACCUGACUGCUGGCUGCUAUAUAACAUCUACAUCGUUUUCUUCACUGUGGCUCUCGCGGCCUCCGCUGCGGCAUGCCUCAUGCAAGGCAUGGCGAUCCUGAGAUCAGUUCCUCGGCGGGACAAGCCCAUAGCUGUGGGCGUUAGCUUCGCCAUCGUCGGACUCUUAUCGAAUGUCAUCGGACAUUUCGUUUACAUGGUCAUCAGUCAUUUCACGUGUGCUUACGAGCAAGACGGCGAAUGUCUUUUCCACCACUUUACUGUUUGGACUAUUGGAUUGGCCAGCAUUAUUCUGAGUGUAUUGUCAGGAACCUUCAGUAUACUAGCGAGUCGAUAUAGAGUCACGCCAAAAGUUCUUAUCAAUAACAUUGAUGACAGCUGAUAAUUAUACAGAUUAUAUUUUAAAAUGUCUUGAUUGGGACCUGAGAUUAACUUUUAUGAAAAAAAGCUUUAGGCCUGUUCCACCAAUUCCUGAUAAUUUAUCUUGCACAUAAGCUAGGAUGUAACACCAGUAAGAUACUAAUAGAAUUUAUUAUUAUAGGGCCAGUUCUACCUAA